AUGCCAGAGGAGACCGACCUAGAUAGGUAUGGGAUCAAGGCAAGUGUAUGCGCAACUCGCAAUUUUAGAGUUUUCGCAUUAGACCCCGAUAUCGCUGGUGCCUUUCCGGAUAUUGACGAACCGUUCUCACUCUAUCUCGGAGCAAACUACGCCAACCAUCCCAUGCCCUUUACGGUCCCAACCGCUGAGCAGUCUAACGCAGUUGCGGUGUCUCUUAUUCACGAUUUCAAUCUUGGUGAAUACAAGGCAAGGAACACCCGCCAGAACAUCAACCAGGAAAUCAAUGCCAUUGUAGGUGAUGACGACAGGGUGACUUAUCUCCAAGAACAAUUGGAACCCAACGCACUCCGAUCAUUCUUGAACGUGACUGCCCGAGCUAUCUUUGCUAUACUCCGCAAACCAUCCGAAGCAGCAAUCAUAGAGUCUCUCAACGACGUUGAGGUCCAACGCUACAUCACUUCCGUCAACACGGCACAGAGCUUCGUCGUGACCAGUUCGACUCCGAUGAUCAGUGGUUUUCUGGCCUUCUUGAGUGGGUUGUUGAAUUCGGCGGUCCAACCAGACCUGGCAAGAAACCGGACUAAGGUCCUGAGUACCGAGCCAAACGCAUUCACUGCCCUAUGGUACAAGUGCAAAUGUAGCACCUAUAACGCUAUCACUUCCUCGCCAGCAGCAAUGGAUGGCUCAGCCUGA